AUGAGCGAAAUACUUGGUAGUAUCACCGGCGCAUUAGGACGAUUGUUCAAAAAUCUCUUACCAAGCUGGGGAGACCCGACGCCACCCAAGUUAUCCGAACUUUCCGAGCCACUAGUACCAGAAGAAGAGCCGGGGUCAGAAGAGGAGGAGGAAAGCGACUAUGAGACCGCUGAUGAAGGAGAUAAAUCAGAUUCUAAAUCUGAUAACAAGUCCAAACCUGAAGAAAAAAACAAAAUAAUAUUUCGAAAAAUAGAAGAUCUAGCUCCGAAAAGGUUAGUAAAAACUAGAAGAAUUUCUGACCAAGAAGAUCCCUUAGCCACGUUCGAGGAUGUUGAAGACCAAAUCAGUGAUGUAUAUAGAAGAGAAUUAGCUCGCUUAGAAGGAAUUAAAACAAAGAUAGUCCUUAUUGCUCAUAUGUAUCGGUUUGUAACAGUAGGAAGAUUUCAUAAUCAUCGAUUAGAUCAAAACAUAGCAUUUCCAAGUGAAAUCUUGAAUAUUAUUCGCCAGAAUAGAAUAGACCAAACAGUCUCACGACAAUAUCAUGAAAUUCUAGAUAAAAUCGACGAAAUGAAACACAAUCAACAUUCGGGUAGAUCACAUUUUGCAUUACCAAAGAUUUGGGCAAAACCUCAGUUAGGAAUAAUCAAUCCACAAAAUACAGAUGAAAGAUGUUUCGAAGCCUGUUUAAAAGGUUAUUUAGCUAGUGAAGAAGCUCGUAGACAGGGAACUAGAGCGAGAAAUCUUCAUGAUGUUAGUAGAUUAAGGCGCUUUGAUAAUGUAUUAGAUUUCAUCGGUAUAGAUUUUCUAGCCACAUUGCGUGAUAUUAACAAAUUUGAAGAAAAUAAUCCAUCUUAUUCAAUAAAUGUCUUCUAUCCAGCACCAAAGUUGGACCCACUUCGCAUAUCAGAAUACAACUAUCAAAGAGAACAUAUGGUGGAUUUAAUUUUAUUUACCAAAGGAGAGGAAGAUUUGAGAGAUCGCUGUAAUAUUAAUGAAAUCCCUCUAGGAUUAAAUACGCACUAUUGUCUUAUCAAUGGUGAAAAACACAAAAAGCACAACUGUCAUGGACGAAAUAAUCCUAAUGCUGGCCAAAGAGAAAUAUUUUCCGAAAAGGGGAAGCAUAUCAUGAAAUUCAAAAAUUAUAAAGCAAUGAAAAAUGUGCCAUUUUAUUUCAUUAAAGAUCUCGAAGCAGAUAGUGAUCUAAUAGAAGACAACAUUAUUAAUAAAAAAACCAUUAAACUACAGAAGCAGAAGCCUAAUAGUUACGGUUAUGUUUUAAUCCAAACAGACGGGAAGCUUGCAAAAGAAAUUGUUAGACGAACUCCAAAUUCAAUUGCAGAGUCAUGGGAAAGCAUGCAACAAAACUUGGAAGAAAUCAUCAAACCAAAGUUGCGCAGUGCACAUCAUGGUUGUGUUAAAAUUAAGUGCGAAGCCACAGAAGAAAACUUAAUGGAAGCUUUAUAUCGUACAGAAGGUUUGACUAUAGAGGAAGAAAAUAUAUUCAAAAAAGCAACCAAAUGCUGUUUAUGCAAAAUGAAACUUCGAGCUGAUAUAAAUGAUAAUAGAGUUAGAGAUCACGACCAUUUUACUGGAAAAUAUCGUGGCCCAGCACAUCAUGGAUGUAAUCUUCAACUCCGGAUAAAGCUAGACGAAAUUAAGAUUCCGUUGAUAUAUCAUGAUGGAAAACAUUAUGACUUCCAUCAUGAAAUACGGGAAUUGGACACCGGAACAACUACCAAAGUAUUUCCCGAUUAUGGCACAAAGUAUCACACAACAUUUACUCCCGCUACUUACACAAAAAAUACUUGGGAAGUAAAAUUAAGAUAUCCAGAAAAUCUUCACCCAUCACAUAGUGACUAUCCGCUCUGCCCAGAACGUCGAGUAGUUAAGCACAAUGAGCUUAGUCCUCAUCAAAAUAAAGACUUAAUUGAUAAAUUGAAUCAAUGGAUAAUUCAACCGGACGGUUCACAUGAACUAAAAAAUAAAAAGGUAAUCAGUAAGUGGAAAGAUGAAUUUGCAGAAACUCGGGUCUUAAGAUAUGCCAGAAAUAGAUCUAAAUCUUAUGCACUAGAAACUGAGGAUGGUUACAAGAAUGUGCAAAAGGCAAAGGAACUCAAAAAAUCUCUUGUCAAAAAGGAGUUAACUAUUGAUAUUUAUGAGCGCUGUAUUUUAGAAGCGAGUGAUAUUACAUGGAAAAGAAUUGAGGAGGCACAACUCAAGAUAAUAAGAGAAGCAUUACGCAUUCGCUAUAAAAAAGAUAGCAAGUUAGUUACUGAAUAUGCUAAAGAAAAUCCUGAUGAGUAUAUAAAAUCAACUACUAUAAUGCUAUUUCUAAAUGAAGAUGCCUAUGAAAGAAGAAUGAGCAGAUAUCGGAAAUGGUAUCAAGAUAAAAAAGAACUUCUUGCUAGUCUUGAAAACUUAUACAGCCUUUACUAUACUUUAUCCAAAGAAGAGCGUCCUAUAACUGAAGAAGAAAUUAGUAAAACAAUAGAAGAACUAAUUGCAGAUGGUGAAUAA